GGCUCUACACGGCAGCGGGUAGUUGAGAUAAAAGUGAGCUGUCCUGUCUGCUCUGUUGUGGAGUUACUGUCAAACAAAAGUAGUCGGAAAAAUGUCGGUGGUUAGCGGCGCCCUCGGCCGAAAUGUUUUGGCUAUUAGGAAUUCUGGCAUGAUGGUGAUGGUUCGGCAUGCUCAGACAUCAGCUGCCCCGGCUGCUGAAACCAGGAUCAAGAAGUUCCAAAUUUACCGCUGGGACCCAGACACUGCUGGAGACAAACCACGAAUGCAGACAUAUGAUAUCGAUCUCAACACCUGUGGUCCAAUGGUUCUGGAUGCCCUCAUUAAGAUCAAGAAUGAAAUUGACCCCACACUCACAUUCAGGCGCUCCUGCCGUGAGGGUAUCUGCGGCUCAUGUGCCAUGAACAUAAAUGGAGGCAACACACUGGCAUGUCUUAACAAAAUUGACAGCAACACAACCAAAGUAACCAAAAUCUACCCCCUCCCACACAUGUAUGUGGUCAAAGAUCUGGUGCCUGAUAUGAGUAACUUCUAUGCACAGUACAAAUCCAUUGAGCCCUACCUGAAAAAGAAGGAUGAAGCUCAAGAAGGGAAGGAGCAGUAUUUCCAGUCGGUGGAGGACAGGCAAAAACUGGACGGCCUGUAUGAGUGCAUCCUCUGUGCAUGCUGCAGCACCAGCUGUCCCAGCUACUGGUGGAAUGGAGACAAAUACUUGGGACCUGCUGUUCUAAUGCAGGCAUACCGGUGGAUGAUUGACUCCCGUGAUGAAUUCACUGAGGAGCGUCUGUCCAAACUUCAGGACCCCUUCUCGCUCUACCGCUGCCACACUAUCAUGAACUGCACUAAGACGUGUCCCAAGGGACUCAACCCAGGGAAGGCCAUUGCAGAGAUUAAGAAAAUGAUGGCGACUUACAAAGAGAAGAAAGCAGCAGCUUUGUGAACAUAUGAAUAUCCAGCUGGCUCAAGAAUCAGUAAUAAAAACUGAAACUAAGUUAAGAGGAAGUGAAGAGCCAACCAGGAAAUUUUACCUCCAUCAGCACCUUCAUUAGAUUUCCAUGAGUGAGUGAAAUGUGAGUGUGUGGAUGUGUGUAAGUGUGAUUUGUUUGAGGGAGAGGAAGACAGGAAAUUGUGAGAGAAAGGUGCUGGAAAGAACCGUUAAGCUAAAUACUUUGUGGCAUGCAACAUGUUGGACCACAUUUCUGCUAUUUGUCUGCAUAGUGAAAAGGCAUGAAGUCUUUGGUAAGAGCUCAAGACAUUGUAUUCAGGCUGUAAAUAUUUAAAUAUGUGUUAAUUAAAGAUGUGCUGAGCUCAUUGAAGAAGUUAAAUGUAUGUUUAUUGGAUCAGGGAUGGACAAAUUACCCACUCAUUGAUUGCCUUUGCAACUUACAUUGUAAUAAACAAUACUGAAGCAACUAA